AUGCAGAACCUCCGCUUGGCGCUGGCCGCCAAGUCGCUCGCCGGCAAGAUCAAGGUCUCCACGGUGCACCCUAUGUCGGUGCUGGCGCAGUCGGCGCCGCCCUCGGCCGGGGCCUUCGAUCCGGCCCACGGGAACACCCUGCGGGGGGUCCUCAGCUUCCUCGAGCAGACGGGUGGGCCCUUCAUGAUCAAUCCCUAUCCUUUCUUCGCCUACCAGAGCGACCCUCGCCCCGAGACGCUCGCCUUCUGCCUCUUCCAGCCGAACCAGGGCCGCUUCGACGACGGCUCGAAGAAGACCUACACCAACAUGUUCGACGCCCAGGUGGACGCCGUCCGCUCGGCGGUGGACCGCGAGGGAUUCACCGGCGUGGAGAUCGUCGUCGCCGAGACGGGCUGGCCUUACAAUGGAGACCCCAGCGAGGCCGGCGCCGGCGUGGAGAACGCUCGGGCCUACACCAGCAACCUGGUGGCGCACCUCCGCUCCAUGGUUGGGACGCCGCUGAUGCCAGGGAAACCCGUGGAGACGUACCUCUUCGCGCUGUACGACGAGAACCUCAAGCCCGGCCCCGCCUCAGAGCGCUCCUUUGGGCUCUAUCGCCCCGGUGACCUCUCGAUGAACUACGACGCCGGCCUCGCCAAGUCCUCCCAGGGCAAGGUGCAAAACCUCCUCUUCUCAGCUCUGCUUCUUUCUCCUCCUCUGGCGAACUGAUGUCUCAUUGUUGUGGAACAGACGAGCCCGACGCCGGCGCCAGCGAGGAAGAAGCCGGCGGACUGGUGCAUGCCGAAGCCGGGGGUGACGGAGCAGCAGCUGCAGGGGAACCUGGACUACGCCUGCGGGCAACCGCCGGUGGACUGCGCCCCCAUACAGCCCGGCGGCGCCUGUUACAACCCCAAUACGGUGGCGUCGCACGCCGGCUACGCCAUGAACCUGCUCUACCAGGUCUCCGGGAAGAACCCCGGGAGCUGCAACUACGAGCAGACGGCCACUGUCACGACCACCGACCCAAGUGCGCCCUCCUCCCCCGUCCGCCGGUGGCUGGGAUGGCUCCCCUUCGUUGUUGACUUGCUGAGGCCGGCCGCCUUCUUGAUACUGAUCUGGUGCUCCUUCGUCUCUUCUUUUCUUCUGUGGUAGGUUACGGCGAGUGUACCUACCCGGGGACGGGUGCCUGA